AUGGAUCCUUUAUCCGUCUCGGCGUCCGUUGUAGGACUUUUAGGCGCAGGAGCUAAGAUCACAUCAUGUCUUUGGACAUUCGCGACCAACGCCAGAGAUGCCCCGCAACUCGCACGCCAUCUUGUCUUUGAAGUAGCCGACAUCACUGCGGCACUUGGAUCGCUUCAGGCCUAUGUGUGCGGACAGGCUCAAGCCCCCGGUGAACGAGGGGCAUUGAUUUUGCUGGAACAUGUUCUUACGACACUUACAGGAUGCGUUACUACGUUCUCAGAUCUCCAGAGCCUUAUGGACCAGCUGAAUCUCAGCCCUGACAUGGGGACUAUUGAUAAGAUGAAAUGGGCCUCGGCAAGAGUCCAAUAUCGCCACUAUUGUCCAGCGUCUCCAAAAUCACAAGUCAUCUUUGACGUUGAUGUUGACCGUUUUGCAGUGCUUGUGGAGGAAUUGCUGCAAAGCAACCAAGAACUUGCCAGUCGUAUCAGAGGGCUUGAGCGAGAGGGUUCAAUUAUUGCAGAGUCCAGGAGGGACGAUGUCUCCACCCUUAGACAGACACGAGGCUCAAAGUCUGUUUCGUUCAUCGAUACUCAGGCUUCCGCCAUCAAGUUCACAUUCGACCAAGAUCUCCAGGCAUCACGAGUGUACAACCACGCCAUAGGUCGACAAUCUAUGACGUCUCUCACAAGCACUGCCUUGUACACGACUGCGCUGUCUCUUUUCUCCAACCUGAGUCUAUCUCAAGUGUCCAACAUCUCUUUCUACGCCUUGCCAGUUUACUCUAGUGAUCUGAGUAACAGUGGCUGCUAUAUCUUUGGCGAGGAAGGCGCUCUGGUAAAGUCUGAUAGCUCUCAGGCUCCCAAGUCUUCCCCCUCACAGCAAAGGACACAAGAUAUACCAGAUAACAUCCUUCCGCCACUAAACCAAGCUCAGACGCCUUCACGGCUACUCGGCCGCUUUGCGAGAAGGCGUAAGACUCCACUGGUGAGCGCACCAGAGAAUCCUUACCACGUUACUCAUGUUGGAUAUGACGACUCCACAAGCCGGUUUACUGGUCUCCCUAAAGAGUGUCAGAGGUUAAUUGAUGAAGACCCGUUUCCAAUGUACCGUCGGAAGUCACAGAUGUUUGACAUACUGGAAUUUUAUAAGGAAACCACAGAGAGGAACCCCCCUGGACCCCAAUAA